CCCCCCCCCCCCCCCCCCCUCUCUACCUGUUGCUCCUCUUCUUGUCUCAGCGCGCGCAGGAUCGCCUCAGUUCUUCUCUCAUGGAUCAGCGCUGCGCUUCUGACUUCAGACUGGAGUAACUUUCUUCUUCUUCUUCAUCAUCAUCAUCAUCAGUGACAGUCUCACCGAUGGAGGACAAAACACAAGAAGUGAAAGAUUCUCCGUUCUCCAUCAAGAACCUGCUGAACAAACCCGACAAACCCAGAGUUCACAUGAAUCUCCCGGAUCUCAGCUUCCUGCGGCUCGCCCCCUGGAGCUGCGCGAGCGGACACCCGAACACACCCGCGGCAGCGGGUCGAACCAGAGAAGCGGAGGACCCGGAUCCUAAAGAGGAGGAUGAGGAGGUUCUUCUGGAGGACUCGGACUCAGACGAGCAGAAGAAACUCUGUCGCAAGAAGAAGACCAGGACCGUGUUUUCCCGCGCGCAGGUGUUCCAGCUGGAGUCCACCUUCGACCUGAAGCGCUACCUGAGCAGCUCGGAGCGCGCGGGGCUCGCGGCGGCGCUGCACCUGACCGAGACACAGGUCAAGAUCUGGUUCCAGAACCGCAGGAACAAGUGGAAGAGACAGAUCGCCGCCGAGCUCGAGGCCGCGAACCUCAGUCACGCGCAGAGGAUCGUGCGCGUGCCCAUCCUGUACCACGAGCACGCGGAGAGCGCGCGCGCCGCGGGUCUGACCUUCACGCGCGCACUUUAUUACCCGCAUUCGCUGAUCAGACCCGUGUGAGGCUCGAACCUGGUGCCGCGGCGCAGCGGUACGAGAGACUCAACCGGAACUAACUAACUAACCCAUGAGAGAGUUCAUCAUCUGAUCCAGGAGUUAAACUCUGUCAGGACCGAGCUAAAAACAGAAAGUUCGCCUCACAUAUUUUUAUUUUUAUUAUUUUAUUUUAAAUCUCGCUUUGUUGAGGAAGAGCACUUGGUUCAGCAAACGAUAGCUGCAGCUGUAUAUUAUUAUUAUUAUUAUUAUUAUUAUUAUUAUUAUUAUUAUUGUUGUUUUCCCAUAUCUCUCGUUUCAUUUGAAAUGCCGCAGUAAAGUGAAUCAGUCUCGGUUCUUGUGUUUCAUAAAUUUCCGUAAAAUAAGGAAAUGCUGGAAAAACAAUUUUUUAUUUUUAUUUUUUAUUUUUUAUAUAUACAUGCAUUCACAUUUCAGAACCCCCCAGUAUUGCUCUGAAUUUAAUUGUUAUUGACUUUAUUUCUCAGUCUGAAUGUUCACAUGCACUCGUAAAUAUAUAUAUUUUAUUGUCUGAGGAACGCUUGAAAAUGUUGAAAUUAUGAACCAUGUUUGUGAAAUAAUCGGUGAAUUUGUCUGGGGUUUUAGAGGAUUUUUAUAUGAUCAUGAAUAAAUGUUCAUUGUUGAAUGUGUUUGUGAUUCUAAAGAUGUGACUUAAUAAAGCGCUUCUAUUAUAAUUAUGAGCUCUUGUCAUCAACAUAAGUUUAUUUUAUUUUAUAUUAAUUUAUUAUCUCAUUAUUUAUCUUUAAGAUAAUAUAGACAAUAGAGAAUAGAAAUCAGUGUUUUUAUGAAAGCGUGGAUGUUAUUUUGACAUUACUGCUAAAAUCAUAUUAUAAUCUAAAUUAAAACAUGUAAUUAUGGUUCUGUCAAAGAACUUCAGUCAUACACCGCGUUCAAUAACAUUUAUGUUGCUGGUGCCAAAUAAAAUCUGAUGUUUGUAAGGAGAAGAAGAAAAAUGUUUAUUAUUUAUUUUUAUUUUUUUUUUUUCCUUGCCCAGGGACCACAUGUAAAUUAGCUUUGCUGCUAACUCUGGUACAGGGCUUGAACUGUGCACGGUCCCUGUCAAAUAAACAUAUAGCCUAUAUAUAUAUAUAUUAGUUUGAUUUACUGCGCAUUUAUUUGAAGUUAAAUAUUAGAGCAGCUUCACAUCGGGCUCUUUCAGAUGUCUUCUGAAAACUCAUCUUUUCCAGGGCUUGUUUUAUUUAGUGACACUUCGUAUUUUAGUGUUGUGUGGUCCGUGGUCUCUGAGCUGUAUAAUAUUGGUGUGUAGACUAAUGUAUGGGUUUUUCUGUGUGUACAUGUUUUAAAAGAUGUAACG